AUGGACUACGAGACGAUUCUGAAGGGGAAGUACCCCGCCAAGCAACACGCGAGGCGUGUCGUCGAUUACAUUCGCGCCAAGGUCCCCAAUGCAUCAGGCGUGCUCUACCUCGAGAGUCGUUUGACCAAGCUGAAGGAGGACAGUGAUGAGCCCGAGCCGUUUCGACAGCGCCGAUUCUUCUAUUACCUGACUGGUUCCCUGCUCGCCGAUGCCUACGUGGUCCACGACAUAGACGCGGACAAGACAACCCUCUUCAUCCCCCCGAUCGACGCUGAGAGCGUGAUCUGGUCCGGUUUGCCCGUAUCCCCCGAGGAGGCGCUGCAGAAGUGGGAUGUCGACGAGGUCAAGUUCACCAGCGACAUCAACGCCGAGCUUGCUCAUACCGCAGCCCAAAAGUCGAAAUCGACCGCCUUUGCCAUUGCGAACCAAGUAUCUGACCAUGUCACUUUCCUCGGAUUCGACGAGAAGAACUUCUCACUGCUUAAAGAGGCCAUCGAGGUCACUCGUGUCGUAAAAGACGAGUUCGAACUUGCCAUGCUCGCCAAGGCCAACGCUGUCACCGCCGACGCCCACCGCCUCGUGAUCGAGAAAGUCAAGCACGCGAAGAACGAGCGUGAGCUCGAGGGUGCCUUCAUCGGGUCUUGCAUCGCUGCCGAUGCUCCGGAGCAAUCCUACCACGGCAUUUUUGCCAGCGGACGGGCAGCCGCGACACUACACUACAUCCACAACAACCAGCCACUUGACGGCAAGCUGAACCUGCUACUCGACGGCGGCGCGGAAUGGCAAUGCUACUGCGCCGAUGUCACUCGAACCUUCCCCAUCAAUGGCAAGUUCACCAAGGAGAGCCGAGCUAUCUACGACAUUGUGCUCAAGAUGCAGCUGGAUACGAUUGCGGUGCUCAAGGAGGGAGUGCUUUGGGAUGACGUGCACCUCCUGGCGCACAAGAUUGCCAUCGACGGGUUGCUAAAGUUGGGUAUUCUCAAGGGCGACAAGGAGGAAAUUCUUGCCAGCCGGACGAGCGUGGCCUUCUUCCCGCACGGUCUGGGCCAUUACCUCGGAAUGGACACCCACGAUACAGGAGGUAACCCCAACUAUGCCGACAAGGACACUUUGUUCCGGUAUUUACGCGUCCGGGGUAAGCUGCCGGCCGGCAGCGUGAUCACGGUGGAGCCAGGUAUUUACUUCUGUAACUUCAUCAUUGAGCCAUACCUCAAGGACCCGAAGCACGCCAAGUUCAUCGAUGUCGAGGUAUUGGAGAAGUAUUGGGAUGUUGGGGGCGUUCGAAUCGAGGACAACAUUGUCAUAACGAAAGACGGCAGCGAUAACUUGACGGUCGCGCUGAAGGAUCCGGAUGAGAUUGAAAAGUUGAUCGCGAGCAGCUGA